CAGUCGGAAGGCGUUCCGGACUGUCGUCCAAUAAAACCACAGGGAGUUCAAUGGACAGCAGACAGCCCUCGCUUCACUAAGUAUGCAACCAAGGGGUGUCAAUCGGAUCCCCAAAGGUUUCAUCAAUCCCCUGUCUCUAGAUCUAGAACUCUACUUAUUAGUAAUUGCCAUCUCCUCCCCGCUAAUGUACUUCCGCUUCCAGAUCGUCGUCAGGUCUUUCUGCUUACACCUAGUUCUACUGUGUAAGAAACAUGCCAUUAUUUGCGUACAACGGCCAGCCGGCGGUUAUCGGAGCCCACUUAUUCGCACAAAUUGGUCUACGUACAGGGGAAUGGUAAGGUGUUUGGGUGUCGGACCCUUCGGUUAUAUGCCCCCGAGGUGGCGCGUUCGGCGCCACGGGAGAUUAUCGCUCCGACUGUAAGUACGGGGCUGUGACAAGGCCAAUGUGCAAGAUGACUCGGCUUGGCAGAUGAGCAGUCGCGGCUUCGCAAUAAUCAAUAUCGAUAUAGAAUGCGAGAG